GGCGCCUCACUUCGUGUUCCCUAAAAUAAGCUACUAUGUAGUAUGUACCUUCGUAAUCUUCUGGUUGCCGUUGGCCUCGGUAAAAGACACUUGUCCUGUGCUUGUCCUACCUACUGUACUGUACGACACACUUGUUGUCAUACAGUAUACGUAUCGGUUAAUUUUUUUCUUCCUUGGGCUGGCUUAUCUCUAGAGUGUACUGGCCUUGUCCGAAGAAUAAUCAAUUUCUUCACUACCUACCUAGGUACCCGCCUGGGGAUGUACGUAGUCCGAACGAAGAUUUCUCUCUACUAUGUACGAUACAUCGCAUUUGAGGAUCUCAAUGGCUUCUAAACCCUGCAGAGGGAGGAUUGUGCCGAUCUACAGUUGGCCUAUGAGAUAACGGCCUCGUCGGAAAUUCAGUAUCCACUUUCCAGUUUUCCACCCCCAAAGAUUGAGGCGUCCAGACUGACGCAAACUCGUUUGAGACGUUCUAGUCUCCAAUUGAUGUCGCCAUGGCCAUGCGGUGAGUUAUUUGUCGCCCGGAUAACCGACGCACGUAUGGAUACUCUGUAGCCGCCGCAUGGUUGACCGAGCGGCUAUCCUGUCAAGGCUAGAGCGCAUAUCGUGCAUCCUGGCUGCAUCUUCUCUGGGCCACAUCGGAACGAACUUGGCUGCACAAGUAUAAAUGGAUCAUGAUGGCCCAGCUUCGACCCUAG